UAGUUCCAAGAUGUAAAUUUAAAUUCGUUAAGCAUUUGUCAUUUGUUCUUCGUUCGAACUUGAAUUCCCAAAAUGUCAAAGCUCCAAGUUUUCUCAGUUUGUAAUUAAUCUUCGAUUUUAAAGACCCAUGCGGCCUUUUCAAAGUCAGGUUUGGCGAACAAUCGGUGCUUUGAGUGUACUUUAUGUGUACUCAGAGAUUGCAUCUGCUCAUUUUUGUCUGGUUUUAUAUCCAUCUUUUAUCGUUAAUCUCAAUACAAUGCAAGAGAUAUCAGCGAAAGUUGGAUCAGCAUUAUUUAUAUCAUCAAAACCGUCCAAUGCCACACAACAAUCCUAAAAAAUUACCUUUUCAAAAUAAGAAAUCUAGAUUUUCGAAACUCAAAAAAGACGAUUUUCAAAAACUCAAACUAAAUUCCAUAAGCGGUUGGUACCCAGUUUUUAAAUUUAAGUUAAACUUAAGCUUUAUAGAUGAUUCGGCUAAUUCAGUAACUUUACGCACAAUUCACAAAUGGCCGCAAGAUCUGGAUAAUUAUUCUUUACCUGUGUUGAGUGCAAAGAAGAAUAUCAAGGAAACUUCUACAGAACUUGACAAUUUUCCCAGUUUCUUAAGAAGUAAUGUAAAUGAAGAAAGUGAUUUCAUAAAAAGCGAACCGAAACUGGAAACAUCUAAGAAACGAACAGAAAUUCGCAAAUUGUAUAAAAAAAUUAAUUCUACAGAACAUGGUAGCCACCCAGAAUUUCAUGUAAACAAUUUACAAUCAGAAAAUGAAGAUGUUAAAAAAUUAGUCAUUAAUAGAUCCAGCUUACUAACGGAAAAAUCUCCAACCUCUGUCAGAACCGGCACAACAUUUAAAGUUAAGAGAUCUGUCAAAAAUGACUUUUUAACUAAUAAUAAUGAACCUGAGAAAAAAAGUUUAUUGAACCUAGAUGGACCUAGUAUUUUAGGAGAUGUGGAACACAGUCUGGAUCAAGAUAAUUCAGUACACAUUCGUGUGAAAAGAGAUAAUCCAAAUAAAACUAACGUCGUUCCAAGAUUCAAAUCUGGUUACCUCGAAAAUCUCGCUGUCUCAUUUCCAAAAAGUGAACACGAAUUGGAAGAAGAAAGAUUAGCUUCGAAUAAUGUUGAAGAUGAAAGACUCAUUAAAUGUUCAUCUAGCCACGAACAUGAGGAUAGUAUUGAUAACCUUAGUGCUAUUAAAUUAAAUUCGCCUAAAUUUAGGUACGAAGAGAAUCUUGGAUAUCAGCAGGAAAACAUGGAUUCGGGUUUAGCUAACCAGAUUCUGGAUAACAGAAAUGAAAGAAAAAAUUAUGCCAAGAUGCAUCCUGAAUCUUUUUCAAUAAGAUAUAAGUUAUCACGUUCAGUUUCUCAAAUUGCAACUGAUUAUCAGAAACAAAAUCUACAGGAUGCUUCCUGCGACUGUGCUAAUGAUAAUCAAGAUGAUCCUCAAAAACCGUACCAACUAAAAUUAAAGAACAACAAAUCAGAAAAGUUCACAAAAAAGAAAAGAAACCCAAGAAGAAAAAAUAGAAAGAUUAAACUUGUAAAGAUGCAGGAAAGUCUAGACCAGUUGGAUAAGGUUGUUGGUGAUUUUCAAAUAUAAUACAAAGCAGAAAAAAGGGAUUUAACUUAUGGUUGGUCAGAAAUCGAAAUUGCAAAAAGGGACAUUCCGAACGCAAUAAAAUGAGAAUCAAUAAAUUUGGGGAAAAGCAGAUUAAUUGAUGUUCAUCGUAGUAAACGGAAUUCUCAGAAUCAUAGAAAAUCUUUAGCUUCACCUAAGGACACAAACAAAUCGUGAAAUAAGAUCCAGAAAUCUGUAGCUUCAAAUGAACGAUUUAGAAGAAACUAAAACGAAGAUGAACAAUUUAUUCGAGCAGUAGAUCAGAACCAGGAGUUGAAGUAUUUUGAAAACAUUCGUGAAUCUGAAACAGUAAAUCGAAACGGUGUUUUUAAAUCAAAAAUCGACCGAGAACGUAAAGCUUUAACGCAGGGUGCUCUGAAAUCCGUUUAAGAAAUUAAGAGUCUCAUCGACAAACUAGCAGUAAAGGUAAUCGAUCUUGAAAAUAUCGUUGGCAUCAACCUUCACAGGAAGUGAGACAGAUGGACAGAUUGGAGCGGUUGUAGCGUCACAUGUGGAAAAGGGAGGCAAAUUAGGUGGAGGCAUUGUAAUGAAAGUGAAUUUAUUUUUUGACUGGGAAUUUUACAAAUUUG